AUCCUGUUUGAGGAGGCGUUGUCCCCGGUAGGAGUCAGCAGUCGCUGUGCUUCACAGAGUAAGCCGGUUGUCACGUUCUACAGUGACAUUGAAUCGGAAAGAAGCCGGCUUCGUGAAGUGAGGCUUCAAUUAUCCUGUGACGCAUUAUCUGCCAACCACUUUAAGAUACAUUUUAAACAUUAGGUUUGAUCUUAAAUAUUUUGAUAUAUUUACGGUUUUUUCAAUUUACCUGAGCUUUCAAGCACAAUGAUCAAGAACGGUCACCACACUAUCAGUGCUGAGAAAGAAGGGAGAAAGAUGGGUCAUGGGCUUUGUAGCCCCGAGAAAAGGAAACGUGUUGUCCGCGUUUGGUGUGACGGUUGCUAUGACAUGGUUCAUUAUGGUCACUCCAACCAGCUCCGGCAGGCACGGGCCAUGGGUGAUUACCUUAUAGUUGGAGUUCACACAGACGAGGAAAUUUCUAAGCACAAAGGCCCCCCUGUCUUUACACAAGAAGAGAGAUACAAGAUGGUACGUGCAAUUAAAUGGGUUAAUGAAAUAGUAGAAGGUGCACCAUACGUUACAACCUUGGAAACCUUGGACAAGUACAGCUGUGAUUUCUGCGUUCAUGGAGACGACAUUACUUUGACUGUUGAUGGAAAGGACACAUAUGAAGAAGUUAAGAAGGCUGGUCGUUACAGGGAAUGCAAGCGUACUCAAGGUGUUUCCACCACCGAUCUUGUUGGCAGAAUGCUCCUGAUGACCAAGGCUCACCACAGCAACAUUGACAAUAGUUCAGAUUAUCAACAACACACAGAUAACUUUGGAAAGGGUCCCAAAGGUCAUAGCCCCUGGACUGGGGUCUCCCAAUUCUUGCAGACAUCUCAGAAAAUAAUACAGUUUGCUUCAGGAAAGGAGCCUCAACCUGGAGACACCAUUAUCUAUGUGGCUGGAGCUUUUGAUCUGUUCCAUAUUGGUCAUGUUGAUUUCUUAGAAAAUGUUUCUAAGCUUUCUGAAAGGCCAUAUGUUAUUGUUGGCCUUCAUUUUGAUCAGGAAGUGAAUCGUUACAAAGGAAAGAACUAUCCUAUUAUGAAUAUCCAUGAGCGGACGCUUAGUGUGCUGGCUUGCAGGUAUGUGUCUGAAGUUGUCAUUGGAGCACCUUAUGCAGUUACUUCUGAUCUACUUGACCACUUUAAGAUUGACCUAGUUUGCCAUGGAAGAACUGAAGUUAUUCCUGAUAAAGAUAAUUCAGAUCCAUAUGAGGAGCCAAAAAAAAGGGGAAUCUUUCGAAAUGUGAACAGCGGAAACAGCUUAACAACAGAUGAUAUUGUGCAGAGAAUAAUCAAAAACAGGUUGCAGUUUGAAGCUCGAAACCAAAAGAAGGAAGCUAAAGAAAUGGCUGUGAUUCAGGCCAUGAAAAAAUGUGAAGAGAAAGAGUUGAAGCAGCAAGACAGGAGAAACGUGGUGAAUGAAGAACAAGAAAAUUAAAUAAGCUGAAAACUGAACAAAUACCGAAAGCAGACUCUUCCCUGCAAAUAUUUUGGUUUCUUCUUUUUACCUAUGUGGCAUUUUACAACUUUUCAUCCUGGUUAAACUGAAAAUCUUGCACUUGUUUACAUAACCUUAUUGUUGAAAGCACAUUCUCUCCUCAAGGAGGAUUGAUUUAAAGCCAUGUUUUUGAAAAUUCAGCACAUAUGUGUUGACCUUGUAUCACUCCAGAACAAGGCUUCUUAAAUUUUCCAGGGAUACCUGUGUCAAGUGGCUUUCAUUCUAUCUCAUUUCAUUGAUUACAUCUUGCUUGAAGAAGGGGCCUGAGUUGCCUCGAAAGCUUGCAUAUUGUAAUCUUUCUAGUUAGCCAAUAAAAGGUGUCAUUUUGCUUGGCUUUUCUCUACAUUCAUAAGAGGAGAGAAAUUCCUGCCUGUAGUGGUACUUCAGUUUAAAUCAGUUAGUUGUUUGCUACUCUCAUUCUGGAGAGUCAGUAUGGAAAUAACAUUUAAAAUGAAAAUGACAAAGAUGUUUGUUGUUUUCUAUCCAAUAGCACAGGAACCAAAUUCAUUUUCUUUUUAAUGAUUAUUUCCUUGUUUGGUAUUUGCUUCCUAAUUAUUAAGUAGUUUCCUCUAAAAGUCACAAGUAAUUUUUCCCAAAGGAAACACUAGGCAUUGUGUGCUGUUUAAUUACAUUUAAACAAAUGAGAUCGUAAUCCUUGAUUAAACAAGUUCUACAAAGUACACCAUGCAAACAUUUUAUAAAUUCCUUUGUAAUUUGAAAGAAACCCCAUUGAAGACUGAUACAAAAAUGGCAAUUCAAAGAAAUAAUACUGUGUAUAAUUUAACAAGGACUUCAAUUGAGUAAGGCAGAAUGGCAUCUCUAUGGCUAAGGAUCUGCACCAUUACCGCCAAUAAGGAUCCUACUCUUUUGGACUCUUGAGCAAGGCCCUUAACCUGAAAAUUGCUCCGGGGGCACUAUACAAUAGCUGACCCUGCUCUCUGACUCCCAAAGGUCAUGCAAAAAAAAAUUUUCCCUUGGGUAGUAACGAAGUAAAUCAUAAAGUAGGUACUGUGUUCAUGUGGGUGUCCCCUGGUACUGAGUUUGAAACCACUUAUUUCCUUUGCAUUGCAAGGGCCAGGAUAUACUUGACGUUACGCAACUCGUACACUUGUGGACACUGCUUCCACACAAACUAUUAUAGAAACUGCUGCUUUCUUUAGCACAAUUGCACAGUGACUAGCUCUGCAGUCUCACAGCUCCAGUGGUUUUGAUUUCUUACUCGGUCACACUGUUUCACUCCAGCUACUCAGUUUUUCCACUAACAUCCCAAUCACAUGCAGGUUGGGGUUAAUUGAUGAUUCUUAACUGGCCUGGUAGAGUGAGGGCAGAUGUAUGCAAGAGUAAGAUGAGCAUCCUGUGCACGCUUAGCAUUCUUUGUUGUCAGUGUAGUCCUUGGAGUAACCCUGAAUUUAGGUAAAAUGGAUCCAGUACAUUGAUGGGUUGAAUUGAUACUUGUGAUAUAAUUCACAUUCACUGCUGGAGCUGCUUUUUUUUUCCAGUGUGGCAACUGAGUCUGUAAUCAAGCCCAAGACUCUUAACACUGUAUUGGCACCAACUCCUGCGGUUAUACCUUCCUGCAUCUGUAAGUAACAUCAAAUUAGAAAGGAGUAAGGUACUCAGUGCAAAUUGUUGUAUGAUUGUAUAUAGCAGUGGUCUGUACCUGACUGGUAUUUUAAAAAGAUUUGCUUUCCCCUCAGGCCUCUGAAUGUUUGAUAAUGCUAUAAAACACUACAACGAUUGUGAGAAGUUCAUACAUUUGUAGCUUAGGUUGAUGGCAGAUUCUACUUAAUAUUGAAGUGUUUAAGCCUGUAUCUACAAAAGAUUCUGCAUUUCUUCAUUUAAGUUUGGUUUGCUUUGUAAAUCAAAGGUUAUUUGCUAAUCCAUUCUAGAUUUUACUUAUUUAUAAAACCUUAUUUUUUUUACAUUACGUUAUAACGUUCUAUGUAAACGUGUCGUGAUUUUAAUGGUAUUUUCCUGAGGAGAUACUUCCUGCAGUCUGUGGCAAAUGCCCAAAGGUUGCUGAGUCAAUUGUGUGAAGCUGGAAUAUUUUGGAAUGUUUCUGCUGAUCAACAUGAUAUAAAUUUUGAAAUUAAGAUUUGUUCAGAAUUAUUCAUUAUAUAGAAAGAAAAAAUACUGUAAUGUUAACAAUGCAAAAUUAAGAAAAGAAUGUCUUAAUGGUGUUAUAUUUUGUCAGGCUAUUCUCAGGCUGCAGCAUGUAUAAUCCAAAGUUCACAAAAUUUUAAUGCAAUUUAUAAUAGAUUGUUUAACCCUACAGAUGUCAGAAAAGCCACGUUAACAUCAGUUUAUGUUACUGCACCCCAGCAUGUCCUUGUGUCCUCUUGGAAUACAGGUAACCCUCUUGUGAAUGUAGUCACUUACAAAUGUUUGCAUUGAUUGGUAGCUAAUGGACUGUUAAGUACUUAUGAAACACUAUCAGUCAUCAGUUUAAUUUCCUUGGAUAUCAUCAAAAUACGCACCAUAGUAGUUUUACCUUAUGUUUUUUAAAGAGCCUAAAAUUUUAACUUAUUUAUUUUUGUUUUGUAAAUCGUAACUGUUUAAUUUUUAAAUAAUAAGUAAAUUGCUAGGAAAUAUCUAAGUAUAUGUACAUUUCUGGCACUUUUUUCUGAAUAAAACAUCUUUAUGUCAUAACAAAAUGCAUAAUUUAAAGCUUUUAAAGUAUACAGUUGAAUGUACAGUAUAUAAAAUAUAUGUGAAUAAAAUCUAAAAACUAUUAUAUACAGUAAUUUCUGCUUAUUAUUUUUGGAGUUAUUUAACAUUUGGCUAUGAGGCUUGUUCCUGAUCAGCUUAACUGUCUCUUGGUAUUAAUAUCAUAGCAAAUACAUGACCAACUGAGAGGUGAAACACUAUUUGUAAAGAAUUAAGACUGUCCCUAAAAUAAAUAGGACAGAAAAAAAUAUGUUAACUUUUAUAGCAUUUUUAUUAUGUAUUAAAUAUUGUUUACUUUUGAAAUGUGUGACAAGAACUGACAAUUUGUUGGAAAUUUCUGCAUGAAAGUAUUUCUGCAUUAGUGUGCAGCUUAUGGGUUCUAAUGUGCUGCACUGAAGUAAAACCCAAAAGUCACAACGCAUUUCGAAAAACUUGAGACCCCCAGUUUAUGGAACUUAAUUUAUUAUUGCCUAGUAUUUAGCAUAGGCCAGUUUUGGGUGGGUAUAGUUUGGUAGAAUUAUCCCAGUUUGAUAUAUGUACAACAUUAUCUGUGUAUGUCAAACUUUAGUUUUUUCCCUACAAACUACAGUAAACUUUAAUGUAAAGGUGUGGCUCACUAUCUGGUCUUGUCGCAUUAGAGAGUUUAGUGGUUAUGCCCGAAAUACAUUGAAAAUAACUCGGAAGCUAGCAAAACCAGAGAGCCUACAUUUUUGGUUUAUUCAGAUAACAAGUAGAGACAAAUGCCACUCUGUUUUACUUUCAGUUAGUAACUGCUGCACCUGCUCUGUUGGACAGGAAAUGUUCUUUGCAGCCAUUGCACUGGACAGUAUAGUAGUUUGUAUCCUGAAUGCUUGCUAACACCAUGAUGCUUUUAUUGAUGUGUUUGGGACCAUGUUUUUCUGAGGGGGGGGGGGGGUUUGGUGGGGGUUCAAGAAAGCUGAUAGUGCAGAUCUAGAAAUGAAUCUAUCUGUUGUACAUCUGCAUUGCUGGUAAGAUAUGAUGUGAGCACAGACAUACUGUCUCAUUUUUAUUGAACAUGCUUAUUGUGGGUUUGGUUCUGUCUAGUUGUCUGAAUUUGACAAUAUUGUACAUAAAAGUUAAAAUAUGACUCUAACAAAUUGUUGGUCAUGUUCUUGUUAUGUCAUAACCUGACUUGAUAAAAACAAAAAUAAAAAAAUCUGAUUGGCCUGUUAA